GCCAUCAUGGCGUCGCCCUUCAGUGGGGCGCUGCAGCUGACGGACCUGGAUGAUUUCAUCGGGCCGUCUCAGGACUGCAUCAAGCCCGUGAAAGUGGAUAAGAAGGCAGGAAGUGGUGUGGCCAAGAUUCACAUUGAAGAUGACGGGAGCUACUUCCAAGUGAAUCCAGAUGGAGGGACCCGGAAGCUGGAGAAGGCCAUGGUGUCACUGAAUGACUGUCUGGCAUGCAGUGGUUGUGUCACCUCGGCAGAGACUGUGCUCAUAACUCAGCAGAGCCAUGAGGAGCUGCGGAAGGUUCUAGAAGCUAAUGAGAUAGUGGCACCCAAUGAACAACGGCUGGUGGUCGUGUCAGUCUCGCCCCAGUCCACAGCAUCGCUGGCUGCAAGGUUUCAACUGAAUCCCACAGACACUGCCAGAAAAUUAACUUCAUUCUUUAAGAAAAUAGGGGUACACUUCGUCUUUGAUACUGCCUUCUCAAGGAACUUCAGCCUCCUUGAGAGCCAGAGAGAAUUUGUGCGGCGAUUCCGAGGACAGACUGGCUCCAGAGAGGCCUUGCCUGUGCUGGCUUCCGCCUGCCCAGGCUGGAUCUGCUAUGCUGAGAAGACCCAUGGCAACUUCAUCCUCCCCUAUAUCAGCACAGCCCGGUCCCCACAGCAGGUCAUGGGCUCUCUAGUCAAGGACUUCUUUGCCCUGCAGCAGCAUGUGACCCCUGACAAGGUCUACCAUGUAACGGUGAUGCCCUGCUAUGACAAAAAACUAGAAGCAUCCAGACCUGACUUCUUCAACCAAAAGUAUCAAACUCGUGAUGUGGAUUGUGUCCUCACAACAGGGGAAGUCUUCCGGCUGCUAGAAGAAGAAGGGGUCUCACUCUCAGACCUGGAGCCGGCCCCUCUGGAUGGCCUGUCCAGCAGUGGCAGUGUGUCUGUUGAGGAGCCCACCAGCCAUCGGGGCGGGGGCUCAGGAGGCUACCUGGAACACGUGUUCCAGCACGCAGCUCAGGAGCUCUUCGGAAUCCAUGUGACUGAGGUCACCUACAGACCCCUAAGGAACAAGGACUUCCAGGAGGUGACUCUAGAGAGGGAUGGCCAGGUGCUGCUGCACUUCGCUGUGGCCUACGGCUUCAGAAACAUCCAGAACCUCGUGCAGAAGCUCAAGCGCGGCCGCUGCCCCUACCAUUAUGUGGAGGUCAUGGCCUGCCCCUCAGGCUGCUUGAAUGGUGGGGGCCAGCUCAAAGCGGCAGAUGUGCCCAGCAGGGAGCUCCUCCUGCAAGUGGAAAGACUGUACGGCGUGGUUAGGACAGCGGUGCCAGAGGAUGCCGCUGGGGUCCAAGAGCUGUACCAGCACUGGCUGCAGGGAGAGGGCUCUGAGCGGGCCAGACACCUGCUGCACACACAGUACCAUGCUGUGGAGAAGGCCAACUCGGGCCUCAGCAUCCGAUGGUGAGAGGCCUCCCAGGGUCUGCAGAGCCACCCA